AAGUUUUGUUCUACUAAAAUGAUAUUCCACCUUCUAGUACUUGUUUCACUGGUGCAGUUUAGUCAAGCGGAAAAUUGUCCAGAUUGUGUAAAUUCUGGCAAAGUUUGGUGCAUCGAAACGGCUCAAUGUGGAGCAACAUCUUGCAACACUUCUAUAAAUCGUCCUCUGAAUUGUCCUACCAAUCCACAAUAUGGAUAUGACGAUGAAUUCAUGAGAUCUGAAAUAAUGGUUCUCGCAACAGCUGCACAAAAUGAAAAUCCUCAACUGUGUUUUGAUAAUCAACUGCCAACAAUGAAGCUGUAUCAAAUUCGAACUGUGAACUGUUCCACGAAAUACAGUGAUGUCACGUGUGUUGGCUACACUGCUUUUGAUACAAAGAGAAAAGUUAUUUCAAUUUCUUUUAAGGGAGCUCAUGGACAGGAUCAAAUUGAAGAAAUGAUGGAAGAUGGAAUGAAAUACGGUCUUCUACCAUACUACACUGUAACAAACGGAAAAAUAAUGAAGAUCCUUCAAGAUUAUUUCAUGUUACUCUGGAAUGAAGGAAUGCAACAAGACCUGCGACAUUUGAAAUAUAAAUAUCCAAGCUAUGAGUUAUGGGUCAAUGGGCACUCUCUUGGAGCUUCAUUAGCUUGGGCUGCUUCUGCAUGGAUUGCUAAUAUUGGUCUGUACAAGCCGGAUGACAUGAAAGUUGUUGUGAUGGGGGCUCCGAGAAUUGGAGACUAUAACUUUGCAGAUUGGCAUACCAAAACUUUCCCGUACAACUUCCACAUUCUUCAUCGAUCUGAUCCAGUUGCACAUCAAGAAACUUAUAUUCCUGUUACAAAUUCCACUCUGUUCUACCCUAAAACUGAAGUCUGGUACAACAACUACAUGCGUCAAGGGGAUCCUUUCCAAAUAUGCCAAGAAGCUGAUGGGCAUUACUGUAGUGGAACAUUGAAGCCGAAUGCAACACAAUAUAUUGAUCAUCUUUACUACUUCAAUAUUGAUUUACCGGGAUGGGGACAUGCAGGAUGCCCAAUGAAUAUUAGUGCAUUUGCACAACCAUGAAUAAUAUUAUUUCUGAACUUUAAUCCAAUGAAUCCCUCAACUCUUUUGAAGGCAGAAGCGUGAAGCGAUUUUUUCGGAAAAUUUACAGUUGCAGGUUUUGGAAUAAAUAUCUAAUUUUU